GUUUCAAAUGUGAUUUGGGUGAAAAAUAUUGUAAGAAGUUAUCAAGACCAGACCUGGGUUCAUCGAUAGUAACUAUAACAACUUUUAACAAUGAGCACAAUCACGAAAUUUUUGCUAAAACUUUAAAGUUUGCUAUUGCUUACAAAACUUUUUCACAAAAAAUCAUGGACCUAAUCGAGUUUUAUGUUAUACAUGGACAAUAUCUAGAAAAUGCUAUUCAAAAAAUCAAGUGUGAAAAAGGAUUACAUUUAAGUGAUGCUGCAUCCUUAUUAGCCAAGCUUUUUGAACUUCAAUCAAGUAAUUCUGCAUG